CAGCUUUCAAGCUUGGGAGUCUUUAUUCUGAUUGUGGGGGUCGGGCCUCUCUGUCUGUGGCCCGGAGAGUUCCACCCCGUGGUUUUAAAUUCUUAUGCUGUACUCUCAGAGGCUCUUUGCCCACUUAAUGCCUCUGCACCUUCUAGAUGGGAUAAUUAUCACCAUUCUUAUUUCUUGUUUAUAAGAAAAAAAAUUAAGAAUGACGCAGGUUUUCUGAAGAAAGCAGGUCUCUUCUCAAUAUGGCUUCACCAAACAUUUAUACAGACGUGAACUUCAAAACUCAACCUGUUUCCUCAGGCAUUAUCUCAGACUCAUCUUCAGCUCCUCCAAAGAAGACCACCAUUCACAAAAGUAAUCCUGGCUUUCCCACGCUGCUUCUUGCCUCAUUGAUAUUUUUCCUGCUGAUGGCAAUCUUAUCCUCUGUUGCUCUGAUCAUUUUGUUUCAAAUGUAUUCUGAUCUCCUUGAAGAAAAAAAUACUAUGAAACAACUGAAUCACACAAAAUUGGCUUGUAUGAAAGACCACGCAUCUAAGGAAGACAAAGUCUGGAGCUGCUGCCCAAAGAAUUGGAAAUCAUUUAGUUCCCACUGCUACUUCAUUUCUACUGACUCAGCAUCUUGGAGAGAGAGUGAGGAGAAGUGCUCCAGCAUGGGUGCUCAUCUGAUGGUGAUCCACAGCCAGGAAGAGCAGGAUUUCAUCACCAAGAUCCUGAAUCCUAAAGCUGCUUAUUAUAUUGGGCUUUCAGAUCCAGGUCAUCGACAGUGGCAAUGGGUUGAUCAGACACCAUACAAUGAAAAUUCCACGUUCUGGCUCCCAGGUGAGCCCAGCAGUGACCAUGAACAAUGUGUCAUAAUAAGUCCUCCAUAUUCUGGUUGGGGCUGGAAUGAUGUCCGUUGCAGUGAUAAACAGAAGUCAGUUUGUCAGGUGGAGAAAAUAUACUUCUGAAUCAAUCAUUCUUCAUGGACAUGGGAUGGCCUUUUUAUCCACCAUUACACAGACACCUGGAAAGACCUUCUUGUGGAAGAGAUGACCAUAGCAAUUUAGGUAGGCAGCCAACAGUUUUACAUAUGAUAAUACUGGUCCCCAUAUAUACUAUUUUAUUCAUCCUUAACUCUUUAUAUAGUGAGAAUUUUCUGUAUUCUAGAGACUCUACAGGAUCCUUUGUGCAUAUGUGAAAGCACACCAGCCGCUGUGUCCAUCCUUAGAUUCCUAAAGUCUUAUUUGAUGACAGAAUUGUAUGGUGUGAAUCUCUGUCUUUGUUCCUCUGUCUUUGGAUUUAUUGAUGU